AACUAUUUCUUUCAUUCGGUUUUCAAUCCAGAAGGACAAAAAUGCAAACAUGGUAAAAGAAUCCGGAUAAAUAUGGCUGAAAAUUAAAAGAAAGGAACGGACAUAAAACCCAGAACCCUAGCUACAAGCCAGCUCCGUAACUGAUUUCCUACUCUGUUGAGAUUCGUAAUCUGAUUAUCACAAGGAAAAAGGACAAAAAAUGGUGGUGAGGCUACGGUUAUCAAGAUUUGGAUGCAAAAACAGGCCAUUUUAUCGAGUAAUGGCAGCUAAUAGCAGAUCUCCCAGAGAUGGCAAACACCUUGAGGUUCUUGGUUACUAUAAUCCCUUGCCAGGUCAAGAUGGGGGCAAACGGAUGGGUCUUAAUUUCGAGAGAGUCAAGUAUUGGUUAUCUGUCGGUGCUCAGCCUUCUGAACCUCUGCAACGUAUUCUUUUCAGAGCAGGAUUACUACCUCCACCACCAAUGGUGGCAAUGGGGCGUAAAGGUGGACACCGUGACACACGUCCAGUUGAUCCAAUGACUGGACGUAUUUUAAGCACUGAGAAUUCAGCUGAUGCUUCUCAAUCAAGUGGUGGUGAAAAUGCCAGUGAUGCUGGAACAAGCACCUAAUGAAACUUUCAUUUCUGCAGUUGCUCAUCUUCUCUCUAUUCUGAAAAAAGAUGGGGGGCUCUGCUUGGGUUGGAUAAGUAGGUGUAUUUCAGGACUUCCCAUUGUGAUUACUAGAGGAAUGAAAACUGAUUAAAGUAACACUCUGUGAGCAUAAUGCAGUAGUAACGAGGUUCAGUGUUGGUUUUCUUGUAUGUGUUGAAAUGAGAUUCAGAUAUUCGUUGCUCUGGAACCUUCUUUUCCUUACUGCCAUUUGGUUAUUCUCUAAAAACUUUUGCUGUUUUGACAAGUCAUGAACAAACUUCUAUUUGUGCAA